AGACCCCCUGGCCCAGAAAUGCCGGUCAGCGCAGGGCUGGCCCGAGGCCCUGCCCGCUGGGCUGUACGAAUCCCCGCCCCCCACGGGUGGGGUUCGGUCCGGAGCGCCGAGGUCCUCGCGGCAGGUAGCACCCCCCACCCGGGAGAUCAAAGCGUUUCUCUCCUGGCGUCCUGCAAGUUUUCGCCCCGGUGGCUUCACUCCAGACCCCUGAGGCCUCUUACCCCUCGGCCGCCUGGGCCGGGCCGGACUACAUUUCCCAGAGGCCCCUGCGGAGGAGCCGGAGGCGAAACAAGGCACCACUUCCAGAAGCUUUUGCGGCAGACGAGGAGGACUACACUUCCCAGAGGACUGUGCGGCGCCGAGACCGGAAGCGGCGGGCGAGUGCAGUGUCCUUGCGCGCGGAACGGAGCGACCAUGGUGUCGCGAGUGUGGUCGGUGAUGAGGUUCCUCCUCAAAGGCAGUGUGGCUGGUGGUGCCACCUACCUGGUGUAUGACCAGGAUCUGCUGGGGUCCAGUGACAAGAGUGAGGCCGCCCUGCGGAAGGCCGAGGAGGUGGUGCCCCCUGCCGUGCACCAGUUCAGCCAGUACGUGUCCCAGCAGACAGGUCUGCAGAUACCACAGCUCCCAGCCCCUCCAAAGAUCAACUUUCCCAUCCGCGAGUCCUGGAAUUCAGGCAUCAUCAAGGUGAUGUCCGCCCUGUCUGCGGUUCCCUCCAAGGCCCAGGAGUACUCCAGGGAGGGCUGGCAGUACGUGAAGGAGCGCACCAAGUAGGAGUUGCAGAGGCUGUCCCCCUGCGGACCUGGGCAGGGUGCCGCGGGCUCCCGACUCCAGACUGGGACCCCACGCCAAGGGCAGCUCCCAGCCUUGCUGGCCCAAUAAAGGACUUCAGAACUGUUCUGCCA